CCCACACGAAUGAUGGGCACGUGCGCUUAGCUGGCUAUCUUGUUCCUCGACACUCUAGCUAGUAAACUCACCAUGACACGAGAAAUCGCAAUGACCAAACAACCACCACAGACACAUACUCAGGAACAACAGGAUGAACAUCCACAACUACAUGGCACCAUCAUGUCAUCCGAGUCCCACCACCAGCCCAAGCGCAAGAUCACCCUGAUUCCGCUCGUCUUCCUGAUCUACUUCGAGGUGGCAGGCGGCCCAUACGGCUCCGAGCAGGCGGUCCGCGCGGCGGGGCCGCUCUUCACUCUGCUUGGCUUCCUCAUCUUCCCCCUGGCGUGGGGUGUCCCGGAGUCGCUCGUCACCGCCGAGCUCGCUGCUGCCUUCCCAGGCAACGGCGGCUUCGUCCUGUGGGCGGAACACGCCUUCGGCCCGCUCGCAGGUUCCCUCCUUGGCACGUGGAAGUACCUCAGCAUCACCAUCAACAUCGCCGCCUACCCGGCCCUCGUCGUCGACUACCUCGGCGGCGUGGCCCCCGCGAUCGCGGAGCCCGGCAGGGCGCGCACGGGCGCGGUGAUCGGCAUGACGCUACUCCUCUCCUUGCUGAACUACGCCGGCCUGAGCGUCGUCGGGUGGGGCGCCAUGGUGCUCGGGGUAGUGUCGCUGGCCCCGUUCGGGCUGAUGACAGCCAUGGCGGUGCCCAAGUUACGGCCGCGCCGGUGGGCAUCGCAGGUGGAGGGGAGGAAGAAGGACUGGAGGCUCUUCUUCAACACCUUGUUCUGGAACCUCAACUACUGGGACAGCGCGAGCACCAUGGCCGGCGAGGUAGAGCGGCCAGGGCGGACGUUCCCGCGGGCCCUGGCGGCGGCGGUCGUUCUCAUCGCCGUCAGCUACCUGUUGCCGCUCAUGGCCGCGAUCGGCACCACGGACGCAUCACCGGAUGCGUGGGUGAACGGCUACCUGGCAGAUGCCGCAGGUACGUACAAAGGCUUAUGACCUUACGUGAUUCGCCAUUAAACUGGCUACCAUCACUCGCUCUCAAAUCAUUUCACUAAUUGAGGAGAUUAUUAAGAGAUGCAUGCACCAUGCAUGUUGCUCUCACUGACAGAGUGGUAUAUAAUAUAGUUUCGAAAUUUAUGGUCUCAGGAUGAUAUUUCUCCCAUUUUACAAUUUCAAAUAGUAUUAAUAAACUGCACUCCCCUCGAUCCAAAUAUGGAACCUAAUAAGAUUUUUCGAUGUUGCCUUUGAUCCAAAUAUGGGAGGUAUGAUAUAAAAAAAAUUAUCACUAAAAAUUCUUCACAUACGAAUUUGACUGUAUGCUUUUGUAACAUAUACAUCAUAUUGUUUCUGUUCUAACCAGUAGUCAAAGGCAAUUGAUGAAAAGUGUAUUCAACCUUAUAUAUUUGGAUGGAGUGAGUACGGUGUAUCUAGUACGGAUUAAAAUAAUUUUUAAUUUUUAAUUAAAAAAUUUCAUCAAAUGUGCGUACUAUGUAGGCUUGCAUAAGUAAAAUCAGAUUUUUUUCGCACAAAUAACAGAAUUUUUGCGAGACGUGUCAUACAUUUUUUGCACCAAACCUUGCAAUUUGAGAUCAUGAUGAACAGUAAUU